AUGGAUGGUUUUGAUGUCAUCGAGCAGAUAGCGGGUGGACUGUGCUCUCAUGUUCUUCUGGCUAUUCGAAAGCGAGAUGGGUUGCGCGUUGUUCUGAAAUGUUAUGAUGCAGACAGUACUUUACCUGGUAUGUUCGUUCAUGUGCGUUCAGAAGGAGAUGAACCAGUCCUAAGAGAAGCUUACUUUCUGAAAAAGGUACAGAGUGUGAGCGGUUGUGUCAAAAUGCUUGAUUAUUUUUUUGAACCGUUGAAAAAUCAGCACGUCAUAGUUCUUGAGGAUCUGAUUUCGUUAGGAUAUACCAGGCUGACCCAAGAGAUUCUCAGCAACGACGGCUUUCUCUCUGAAUCGUCAAUCUCAUGGAUCAUGCGUGAAACUAUCAACACUUUGCAACAAAUCCACAGUCUAAAUGUACUCCACUGUGAUAUUAAGCCAGACAAUAUUCUCAUCAAUCGUACGAAGAACCAGAUAAAAUUGUUGGAUUUCAAUAUUGCAAAUGAGGUGAUAUCGCACGAGUUGCCAGCACAGAAUUGCAAAGCUAUUGGCUGUACACCAGCAUAUACUCCACCUGAAGUGCUAAUUCAGCAGAGGCCCUGGACACCGGCUAGUGAGGUUUGGUCUGUAGGAGUAAUGGCCUUUGUUCUAUUGUGCAAGAAAUUUCCAUUUGAUGAUCCACUCAAUUCGUUUCGUAUGCCGCCGGCAUACCCCGAAGACUUAAACACCACUUGGGAAAGGGACUCUCGGGACAAGUCAGUUCACCGAACGAACGUCAAACCAAGAUGCCAGGGUUCAGUUUCGUGUCUCUCUCUUAAGGCUAAAGAUUUUUUGAUUUCGUGUCUUCACAGGAAACCUCAGUGCCGGUCUAGUCUUCAGCGUCUGUCUGCGCAUCCCUUCCUUUCUCCAAGCCAGAUUCGCCUCAGUUUUAGCACGAGUUUUUUGCAACAAGAGGAACAUAUGUGCGUAUCUACACGAGUUCUUUGA